ACAGAUACAUACCUGGCUACAUCUUCUUUGGAGAAGGGCCGACUCAGGGGACAGGCAAUAUCGACGGUCACUACGAGAAACCGCCCUGGACAGGGAACGGUCUUCUCAAGGCCACCCCCUUCAACCCGGCUACCUUCAUUCGAUCAAAGAUGACGAGUAAUCCAGCACUGUCGAAGAUGCUAGAGGUCUACAGAAUCUCGUAUGAAACAGGUUUCUCAUUAGAGAAGCCUUCUCCCAGGCAGUUCAAGAACAAGGCGCUAGAGCCUUGGACAGACAUAGGCUCCCAGAUCCCAUCACUGAUACAGGAUGGCACUUUCCGGUCCACAGCUUCUUCACUGCCCAGUUUUCCUUCUGAUCUUCUGGACGGCAUUGAAGAGCUUCGUCUGGCGUUCGUAAUUUUGACCUUUCUUGCGUCGGCAUACAUCUGGGGCAAUAUUGAAAUAGACAGUCCAAGCCAAACCCUUCCCAAAUCGAUAUCCGUCCCACUGCUCGAGGACGAAAAUGGCACAGAGAAAUGCGUAUGCUCUUUCACAGGGACCAAGAGUGAAGAGCACUUUAACCUGACUACGAACCGUGUCGAAAGGAUGGGAGGAAAAGCCCUAUCUCAAGCGUUAUUAGCCUCCAGAUUUACAGGCCAAAAACUAGUCAUAGAAACCACAGAAUCUUUGGAACACGUUGCAACCAUACUCGAUGAAUGCAAGAAGAUUUUGGCUA